AUGAACAUCGGCGAGGCCAUUGAUGAAGCGGCCUUGAGGCGCUUCGGCGAGGCUGUCGAGGUGGGAACACCAUCCCUGGAGGCGCGCAUUGCGUUGAUCCAGCACUUGGUCUUCAAGAAGGCCGCCGUGGACGGACACAAGGCAGAACUAUCAGAAGGGGAUCUGCAGGCCAUAGGCCAGAAGACAUCUGGCUUCUCGCUUGCUGAUGUAGACCGCCUCGUCCGCAAGGCCUUUUUGCAGGUGCUUCGCGAGUUGCCGGACCUCCGUGGGCUGGGACCCGCUGAUGUGCCAGCGGUGACACUCAAACACUUUGACUUGGCCAUGGAAGCAUGUAGCGGUACAUCCGCUUUGCGAGCAAUGCUUCGAAAGAGGGCGGAAUCACGGUCGCCACUCUGA